AUGCCAUUGUCCAGUAUUCAUCGAAUAUUUGGCGGUCUUCACAAUUGGCCAGCGAGGCGCCUGCACAUCGACUCCCCAGAUUUUUCAAGUGCCGGGAGGGCCAGUUGCUCGCCGUCCACAGCGGCCGUCUUGGACACGAAAAUGGCGGCCGUACGGAUCUUGGAGGGGACACAAAGCGCUGGCUUUCUUCUUUCGUGUAGCAGAGCAAAUUGCUGGGCGCCAACUGCAUCUACCUCUGGAGCGCCGUGCGUGCGGUUGGGAAACGCUGCGAGAAAGUUGAUGCGGCUUCUGUCCCAGAAAGCCAAUGGCAUCCAUGUCAAUUUGCGCCUCUGGCCAAUCAGCGCCCUCGCUUCGUGGCGAUCGGGCAGCUUGUGUCUCGGGAUGAAGCGCAAGCGAGCGAGCAUGAGUUCUCCUCCUUGUAAGUCAGUUCAUCCCCCACUUAUUCUUCACUUCUCCUUGAAGGCGCUUCUCGGGCUCCCGACUCCGACAGAGAUGCCUUCCAUCAACCGCCGGCCGGCACAGGAGGAGCCGCCGCCGCGUACCGACAGCCGCUCGGAGAAUGUGUACAGAUUGAGGAAGCUGUUUUGCUUCUCCAUCAUCUCGUCACUGUAGCUGUCGGGAAUAGGAGAUAGCUGAUUACACCGCUAAAAGUCAGCCAGUUCGUUUGGUCAACCAAAAUCCAGCACGGCUGUUCCGAAGAAUACGAAUUACAUCGACAACGUCACAUUCAACGGAGAUUUCAACAUAAAAGAAAUACCCCGUCGGCCCAAGACCGUGACCGGAGACCAGCAGUUCAAGGCAGCUAAUUAAUGAGCACCUUGGCUUGGAAAUCCUUUCAUGACACACAGCGCCACAGCGAAAUAUCUGGAUAGGAUCUCACAGUCGCAAUCCUGACAGAUGAGCGCAGCUUUGCUUCCAGGCCACCCCCUUUUCGAUGGUCUUGUCAUUUGGUAGUUCGUCCAAAGUUGAAGCUUGGAGCAAAUAAGCUGCGUGUCGAGCCGUGGGCUUGCAUAUUUCAAUACAGUUGAAUCGUUGAGGCUGUUUCCGUCCCGACCCCGUCGUUCCUGGUGCCUGUCUCGUCAGUCAUGGUUUCUGGGGUAUCGAUGCUGAUGCGACUGUAGAAUGAGACCCACGGCGAAAGGGGGAGGCCAAAUUUGUAAUCUAACCUUGACAAAAAAGAUCCCGUGGCAACACGAUCGAAACA